AUGACUGCCGGCGUUUCCCAACCACCUUAUCCUCUCCAUGAGUCCGUUAAGGAUUUAUUGGACCCGGAGUACGUUGCAUUCUAUAACCAGCAUGUUAUCAAUAACCAGCAGGUGCAUCUCCAGCCCGUUGCGGCGUCGCGGACAAGUGGUGUGUUGAUUCCUGGCGCAGGUCCCAUGUUGGAGGUUGGCAAGACCCAAGAUAUCACUAUCCAGCGACGCGCAACAGAGGGCCCAGCAGUGCCUAUCCGUUGCUUUACUCCGAAGGGUCCUGCUCCUCCAGGUGGAUGGCCGGUGAUGCUCUAUUUCCAUGGUGGUGGCUGGGUACUGGGAAAUAUUGACACGGAAAAUGUGGUGUGCUCGAAUCUCUGUGUGCGCGGCAAUUGUGUCGUGAUUACUGUUGACUAUCGACUUGCACCCGAAAACCGCUGGCCCGCCGCGGUCCAUGACUGCUGGGAGGCCCUUCUUUGGUUGAUCGCCGACGGCCCCACCGCGCUCUCGGUCGAUGUAUCCAAAAUUGCAACCGGCGGGUCUUCCGCCGGCGGAAACCUUGCCGCGAUUAUGACGCACAAGGCACUGACGCUGUCACCGCCUGUUCACUUCCGCGCCCAGCUACUAUCUGUCCCCGUGACAGAUAACACGGCCACAGUCGAGAACAACGAUUCAUAUCGUCGGUAUGAGCGGACCCCUGCCCUCCCCGCUCUUAAGAUGUAUUGGUAUCGCGACCACUAUGUUCCCAACGAUGCAGACCGCACCCAUCCUGAAUCGAGUCCCCUGUUUUGGCAGGGCGAUUACUCUCAACUGCCACCUGCUUUAGUUAUGGUUGGGGAGUUGGAUGUGCUGCGCACUGAGGGCGAGCAGUAUGCGGAGAAGCUGCAGAAGGCCGGUGUGCCCGUUGACUUGCAAGUUAUGAAGGGCAUGCCGCAUCCUUUCUUGGCUAUGGAUGGGGCGUUGGCUGAGGGCAAGAGGUGUAUCACUUUGAUGUGUGAUGCGCUCCAGAAGGCGUUCUGGGGCUGA